AUGGCAAAAGACAGUCCUAACCUGAAAGUUGACCCAGCUUUUGAAGCUUGGGCUGAAGCGCGCACCACCAACAUUACACCAAACUUUCGUUGGACGCGUCGUACUAUGAGACAAGCAUUUGUCUUUGUUGUCGCGUUUCCUCUCGCAGUUUAUUACGUCUCUUCGAAAUACGAUAAAUCAGUUGAUUGGAGCAAACAAAUGAGAAAUAGCCAACCUGAGAUAAAGAAAUGA